CACCCAUGUUAUGCUUGUUGCCUUGUUCCCCACGGUUUAUUUACCACUCACACACACUGUCUCUCUCUUUCUCUCUCAUCCACCACGCCUUGGCUCCCACAGCCCUCUCUGUCCUUUCCGUUCUUAACUACCAUCAAGCAGCAAACCAGCUCUCCCUUUCAAUAACGCUAUAACAAACAGGUAGAGUGUAGUCGGAGAGGAUCGAGCUAGCUAGCAAAGUGCUAAGCAUGCAGGAAGAAGAAGGACCUCCGCCUUCAGAUCAAUUAGCCGCGCCAAUAAGUGUGCGUAUGCCUCCUCUAGGUCUAGGCUCCUCAUCUGCAUCAGCUGGUAACGGCUUUGACGAAAUUGCGGUAGAGAGAGACAGUGGGUGUGGCUCGCCGGCCGGAAACCGCUGGCCGCGCCAAGAGACUAUGGCACUGCUCAAGAUCCGCUCUGAUAUGGAUCCGCUCUUUCAGGAAGCCACUCUCAAAGCCCCCUUAUGGGAACAGGUCUCAAGGAAGCUAACGGAGGAAGGAUAUGAACGGAGCGCAAAGAAAUGCAAAGAGAAAUUUGAGAACGUUUUUAAGUAUUAUAAGCGUACGAAGGAAGCUCGCGCCGGCAAAACUUACCGUUUCUUCAGCCAGCUAGAGGCACUCCGCUCCUCCUCCUCCUCCUCAGUCGCCGGCGCCCCCCCACUGCCGCCAACAAUAGCGAACAGUUCAGCCACUAUGGUUAACAUUGAGGCCAGCUCGUCCGGCGCCGCUGCUCCAUCUCCGCACACUCUGCUUUCAGUCACUGUUCGGCCACCGCCUCCCCCCGCCGCCGGCCCUAUUACGACUACGACAAUCCCGCCGCCUCCAACUGACGCUGCUGAUGGGCCGAGUUCCUCGUCGAACACAUCAAGCUAUUCCGGCACAGAGUCGGAGGAUGAGGACGGCGGAGAAGCUAGUCGGAAGAGAAAACGAGAACGCCGCGAGGCGCCGGAGGGUAGCGGAAAGAUGAUGGCUUUUUUCGAGGGUCUAAUAAAGGAGGUAAUGGAUCAGCAAGAGACAAUGCUUCAGAGAUUCUUGGAAGCGAUAGAGCGGCGAGAACAAAACAGAAUGAUAAGGGAAGAAGCAUGGCGGCGGCAGGAAAAGAGCCGCAUUUCUCGGGAGCAUGAACUCGUGGCUCAAGAACGCGCCGCCGCUGCUUCCCGCGACGACGCAAUCAUUUCCUUUCUCCAGAAACUCACCGGUCAAAAAAUCCCCAUUCCUCCUCCUCCACAACCUCCUGAAACCACCGUCGACCCCGCAGAAGAAACACCAACUUCCCCACCGCCACCUCCACGGCCCGAAGACCCCGAUCAGCCACCGAAGGAAACGACUUUGGGUUCUUCGAGCAGAAGGACGAUAGAGGCGCCAAUAUUGUCUUCGCGUUGGCCGAAAUCAGAAGUCCAUGCGCUGAUCAAUCUGCGAAGCGGGAUGGAGUCGAAAUAUCUGGAUUCAAUCCCAAAAGGUCCAUUGUGGGAGGAGAUCUCGGCCUGCAUGGGCCGCCUCGGCUAUGAUCGGAGCGCGAAACGCUGCAAGGAAAAAUGGGAAAACAUCAAUAAGUACUAUAAGAAGGUGAAGGAAAGCAAUAAGAAUCGCCCAGAAGAUGCCAAGACCUGCCCUUAUUUCCACCAACUCGACGCUCUCUACCGCGCUAAAAUCCUCGGCGGAAGUUCCUCCGCCGGCACAGCAGGCCAAACUCUCUCCACAGAUGAUCAUCAACUCGCCAUCAGCUCCCCAACCGCGGCCAUUAUUAAGCAGCAAGAUGACCGCAUGAGCUUCUUCGAACAAGGAUCCAGCUCGGCUUCCCUGGUAAAAAAGCCAGAAGACAUUGUGAAGAAGAAGAUUGAACAGGCCGUUGUUGAAUCCGAGAGCAAGAAAAUGGAGACGGGUGUCAGCUUUCGGUUCAGAAUGCAACAAUAUAUCAUGCCUAGAGUGCUAAUUAGUGGUGGAACUGGACAGCAACUUGUCGGCCAUGGUCCGGUAGAGAGAUCUAUUCCUUUAUUUUACUUUUUUUAUAUAUAUAUAAAUAUAAUCCAUAAUUAAUGGAUCUAUUUAUCUACUUGAACGAUUUCUAUUGAAUUGAUUUAGGGUUUAGGAAGAAUAAAAUAUAAGUGGAGGGCGGUGGUGGCGGCGGGUGUCUGAGAAUUGGAGAAAAUUAAUGUGGUUGAUUUGAUUUGUGCUUCGUUGCGCAGAUUCUCAUCUCCUGUUGUUCUUAGUUUGUUAUUUUAAUUCUUUGUUUGUUGAUCUCCUUCUCCUCGAGCUUCUUUAAUUUCCUAAAAAAUUAUUUAA